AGUAAAUAAAAAAUUACCUCGUAUGUGAGCAUGAUUCAUGGUGCAGUUAUGCAUUAUGCCCGAUUAUACCUCAAAACACGAAUCAAAUAACAAGAUUGAUGGUUAUAAUAAAUUCAAUAAAAUAAAUUUGGCAAGAAAAACGUUGAGAACGUUAAAUCAAACUUUUAUUUUUUAUUGUUAAAUCGUUGACGAUUAAAAAUGAGAAUUAUUAAUCAGUGAUAUCAUUUGUUAUCCUAGUCGAAUGUUAUCACAAUUGUUGAAAAUCUGUUAGUGUUUGCGUUCAUACCAAUUGUUCGGACAGAAAAGGAGAAGGUGCUAUCUAUUAUUAGAUAAUAAACAGCUGUCAUAAAAGGUUCGUCCAGAGCAAUUGUUGACUAGCAUCAUAUCGAAAUUAUCAUAAACAAUGGCUGGUGAACAAUUUUCUCUGGUGUGGAAUAGUUUUCCAACGAAUUUAUCCUCGGGUUUGUACUCACUACUGUCUGAUGAACACCUUGUGGAUGUCACGUUGGCUGCUGAGGGAAAAAUACUCAGGGCACACAAAUUAAUUUUGUCUGUAUGCAGCACAUACUUCAGAGAUUUAUUCAAGGGUAACAAUUGCAAACACCCCAUUGUUAUACUCAAGGACGUUAAUUAUCGAGAUUUAUACGCAAUGCUACAGUUUAUGUAUCAAGGGGAAGUAAAUAUCAAGCAGGAGGAUAUUUCUAGUUUCUUGAAAGUCGCCGAGACACUGCAGAUCAAGGGGCUAACUAAAGACAAAAAUGAGAACAAAGAAGAGCCAGAUGAACAAUCCUGUCAACUCCUUGAGAAAAAUCUGAAAUCUGAAAAACACGAGGAGAUGGCAGAGUCUGUGGAGUCGCCAGACCUUCUGGAGGACUUUCCACGGUCCUUCGACCAUCCCAGUUCCUCGCAGACUGAUCUUCCAUCCAGCAACACAUCAGAAAUUCCAACGUCUUCCAGUGCUACCUUUCAAGUACCCGCGGAAAAUGUUUUAAAAUCCGAAAACGAUGAAUCAGCGAUACAAUCAAUGUUCAACGAGAAUUAUAUGAGCGUUGAUAGAAUAGCCAAUGCUGAUAUUGAACCAUUAGAUUUCACCUCGGAUACCCAUCAACUGCCUAAGGACAAACCAUUAGAUUACAGAUAUGGAAUGGGUUCGUCGACCUCAGGUGUUGCAUCAGGCAAUUUAGAGAAUGACAGGCAAACACCGGUGGAAGGCAGCUCUUAUCAGUCAGAUUACGGGGAGGAGCCACCAGGUCACCAAGACGAUAUGACUUACUCAAAAACGUUUCCCUAUGAGUCGUCCCAGCCGAAAUCCUCAAAAGGUCGCCGAACAGUGAAAGGAAUUCCCCACAGUACACUUCCCUUGGAGACGACCCUUCGAGUUAUCUCCGAGCUCGGGCCAACCCUCCGAGUCGAGAGGGGAAAAGUCGUAAGGAUGUACUCCUGCCCCUGGUGCUUGAGGCACUUCACGAGAAAGGAAAAUCUCAAACUCCACGUGAGAUACAUUCACGGGCCCCUCGAAAGCCUAACGUGCAAGCUCUGCGGGAACAAGUACAAGAACAGCAACAGCCUUCGGGUUCACUCGUAUCUCUAUCACAACACCAAACGCUCCAAGCACAACAAGCCGCUCGUACCUAGCAACUGAGAUUCGUCCACAAUACCUAAGUAUAUGAGAUUUUUCCCGUUUUAUUACGUUUUAUGAUUGUAGAGUAUUAUAAAUAUAAUUGUUAUGAACUUGUAAA